AUGCCAUUCUUCUCGUCGGAGGUGACCCUACCGUUGGCGAGUGCUGGGGCCGCCACCGGACUGCUCGGCUCAAUCGUACUGCUGCGAUUGUACAAGCUGCGCAAAUGGGGCUGGGUUAAGUCAAACUUUUCACUCGAGGGCAAAACAUUCGUCAUUACCGGUGCGAAUACCGGGCUCGGCUACGAAACAACGAAAGCGCUCGUCCGCCGACAGGCAACUAUCGUAAUGGCGUGCCGUAAUCUUACCAGGGCUAAUGAAGCGAUCGGAAAAAUACGCACCGAACUGGGCGGUACCAUACCGGGUGCAUUAAUACCGAUGGAGCUGGAUCUGGCAUCGUUCCGGUCGAUUAGACGCUUUGCCGGGGAGUUGAAGCGUACCAUGCCGCAGCUGUACUGUCUGGUGAACAAUGCUGGAUUGGCUGUGCGGAAGCCGGAGUUUACGCGGGAAAACUAUGAAGUUCACUUCGGCGUAAACCAUCUCGGUCAGUUCCUGCUGGUGGAUCUGCUCCGAGAGCAACUGCUCGAACAAAGGACGCGCGUCGUCGUGGUUUCUUCGCGCAUGCACGAGAUCGAGGCAGAGAUUGAUUUCAAGCAUCUGGGCCGUUGGGUUGAGUAUGGGAGCCGGUUGAACCGACUGUACAACAACUCGAAGCUGAUGAACUUCUACUACGCCCGGGAGCUGUACAAACGGGGCUACAAUGUGCACGUGCUGUGUCCGGGCCUGUGCCAUACGGAUUUCUUCCGGCAUUACGAACCGAAGUGGUACCACUAUCUGGUGUUUUCCCCUAUCGUAUGGCUGAUGCUUCGAUCCGGUGAACAGGGUGCCCAGAAUAUAAUUUAUGCGGCUACGGAAAGUGUUACCACGCCCGAGCGUAAUCCAUUGACGGGAUACUUCGUUUCGAACGUGAAGAUGCGCCGUUCAAAGUUUCACUUCGAUGAGGAAACGUCCGUCCGGUUGUGGGAGGAGAGUGUUCGUGCGAUUGCGGAAUCGGAUGCUAAAAGCAUAAGAGAUGCCCAAAGCACUUGA